UCUUGUCACUCUUCCUGAUUCACAUCGAAGUUUCUCUGCCUCCGGAGAUGCCAGACUUGGAAAAGCAGGCCGAAAACCACGCGCUCUUCUUACCAACAGGAAAUGGUGUCCACAAAAAGCGAUCUGCACUGAGGAAGACCUUACCUCAGAUUUUGGCCACGUUGGCUUUCGGCAUGCUUAUCUUUAGUGUGUCUACGAUUUGCGUCAUGCCGACGAUCGUGAUAGGAGCAUUGCAUAAAAAGGACGAAUUCGGAAACAUACUUGAGAGCGAGAUUCCAUUCACAGACCAGCAGGCAUCGUGGUUCGGGAGUGUGGUAUAUAUAGCACAGCCGUUAGGAAGCCUGACUUCAGGUUUCAUCCAAGAUCAUUUGGGAAGAAAGCGAUGCAUGAUGGCAGUCACCAUUCCUCAAUUCAUUGGCUGGAUCAUCCUGUACUUCGCCCAGAGCAUCGAGCAGCUGUUCACCGCUGCGGUCAUAAUGGGACUUAGUGUGGGCUUCAUGGAAGCCCCAGCCAUGUCCUACCUCGGCGAGGUCUGCGAGCCCAGGCUCAGAGGAACGCUUUCUUCCUUUUCCGAAGUGUUUCUCCUGCUCGGUAUACUCUUCAAGUUCUUCAUCGGAGCGAUGCUCACCUGGCGCAACUCAUGUGCCGUCGCAUUGACGGUUCCUGUGCUGGCAUUUAUUUUGCUUUCCAUCGUUCCAGAAUCACCAACGUGGUACUUGCUAAACAACCGGAACACGGAGGCAGAGAAAUCUUUGAGAUGGCUGAGAGGGUGGUUGAAAAGUGAAGAGAUACAACAUGAAUUUAUCGCCCUCACAUCUUCGAUUAAUCAAGGUUACGUCCAAGUCAACACGACAGAAAAAAAUGAACAUAAUGUCGUUGCAAUAAAACCGAAGAGAAAUUCAGAAUGGGCCCAAAUGAAACUGUUGAACCAAGGUCGAGUCUACCGGCCGAUAAUCUUGACAAUGGUUUAUUUCUUUAUCGGCCACUGCAUAUCCCUUAUUGGACUGCGAACAUUCCUGGUAUCGAUCUUCAAGGGCUUUAACACCUCUUUGUCUCCAUAUUCAGUAUUGGUUCUCGCUGGUCUACUGCAAACGAUUGGCAGCGUGUUCUGCGCUAUUUUGAUCCAUAAAUUAGGAAAAAGAGUACUGAUGAUCGCGUCGACGAUAGGCGGAGUGUUGUCAUGUUUCUUGCUGGCAAUAUACAUCAUUCUGAAGAUCGACGUUCCGUGGGUACCGGUCCUGCUCUUCUGUGUCAACUUCUUCUGCGGAGGACUUGGCAGCAUGACUCUUCCCUGGGUUCUCGUCUGUGAGAUUUUUCCACUAGACGCUAAAGGGUUCUCCGCCGGUCUGGUCGCCGCUUCGUCGUACGUUUUCAUGUCCAUCAUUUCCAAGACUUACGUCGACAUGGCAUCCGUGAUUAAUCUCGAAGGAGCGCUUAUAGUUUACGGGAUUAUCGGUAUUUUCGGUUUCGUAUUCCUCUAUUUCCGACAGCCCGAAACCGAAGGGAAAACGCUGGCAGAAAUCGAAGAAUUCUUCCAGGAUAAAAGUUGAACAGCUAUGUUUCUUUUAAUAUUUUUUUAUUGUACAUAAAAUUAAUUUAAUUUUUUUUAAUUUGGAUUAAUUUUUCCCGAUUGACUAUGUUGGCGUGACUGAAUUUACACUAAACCGUUGUUCCCGUCAAGCGGCCAGACGAACGAGUGACUUCUAUCUGGAGAUAUAAGAUGAAAUGAAAGUAUCUUCACAUAAAGCUCUAAAAAGACCUGAAAAUAUCUAUGGUACAAACGAUGCCAUCAUUUUUCAUGUUUAACGUUUGAAGAAAACUACCAUGGAACUUUAAUGCUCUCCAUCUAGUCUUCAGGACGUCCGGCAUGGAAAUUCUUCUUAUUCUUUAAUAAAUAUUUAUAUUUGCUCAUUUUGUACCAGGAUAGCUUAUAAUUCCAAUCUUCGAAAAGAAACAAAAAACAAUAAAGAGCUUUUAUAUACUGA